GGGCGUGGCCCCGGGCGCCUCCGCCGCGCUAUAAAGUGCGGUGCCGGGGGCUCCGCGCAGCGGGCUGGCAGCCGGGAGGGGGUUUCGCGCUGCCGCCAUGGGGAAUACUGUGGCCAGAGAGGAUUUCGAGUGGGUCUACACGGACCAGCCCCACGCCGACCGUCGCAAGGAGAUCCUGGCUAAACAUCCAGAGAUAAAAGCAUUGAUGAAGCCAGACUACAACCUGAUCUGGGUGGUUGUGCUGAUGGUUCUGGCGCAGUUGACUGCAUUCUAUCUGGUUAAAGACUUGGAUUGGAAAUGGGUGGUCUUCUGGGCUUACGUUUUUGGAAGCUGUAUUAGCCACUCCAUGACUCUGGCUAUUCAUGAGAUCUCCCACAACAGUGCCUUUGGCAACAGCAAAGCCAUGUGGAAUCGAUGGUUUGGAAUAUUUGCCAACCUCCCUCUUGGUCUCCCCUACUCCAUAUCCUUCAAGAGAUACCACAUGGAUCACCAUCGUUACUUAGGCGGUGACGGCAUUGAUGUGGAUAUUCCUACCAACUUCGAAGGCUGGUUUUUCUGCACCCGUUUUAGGAAGUUCAUAUGGAUUGUUCUUCAGCCUUUUUUCUAUGCCAUUAGACCUCUCUGCAUCAAUCCUAAACCCAUUACUCGACUCGAAAUAAUCAAUUUAUUGGCUCAGCUCACCUUUGAUGUGGCGAUAUAUUAUUUAUGGGGAGGCAAAUCCAUUUUUUACAUGCUUGCUGGUUCAGUACUUGGUCUUGGGUUGCACCCAAUUUCGGGACACUUCAUCGCUGAACAUUACAUGUUUUUAAAAGGACAUGAGACCUAUUCCUACUAUGGGCCACUUAAUUGGCUCACUUUUAAUGUUGGCUAUCACAAUGAACAUCACGACUUCCCCAAUAUUCCUGGCAAGAGCCUUCCACUGGUGAAGAAAAUAGCAGCUGAAUACUAUGACAACCUGCCCCAAUAUAACUCUUGGAUAAAAGUACUGUAUGACUUCGUGAUGGAUGACACAAUCAGCCCAUAUUCACGCAUGAAAAGGCAAUUAAAGGGUGAAGUGAAGCAAGAAUAAACUUCUGGUAACCAAAAAACUUUGAAAUGUCUGCUUGCUUUAAAGUGGCUGGUGCAAAGGUUUCCUGCUAAAGCUGUUCACCUGUGUCCUGAAUUAAGACGUACAGCAACAUAGCAAUGCAUCCUUAAGGAUUUUGUAGCAGACUCCUACCAGCUAUAACAUUCCUCACAGUCCUCAGAUUCAUUGGUUUAAUGUGUCUCUGUUUGCCUAAGGAUCAGUGUUAUAUGUAUAAUGCAAAAUCACUUUGUUACAGAAUUUACUUUGCUAGGUGUUAAAUCUAUAUAAAAUGUCUGUCUGACUCAUAACAGUUUAAAAGUUCUCAGUGUAGUAUACUGCCCUCAACUAUUGCUAUUUAGAUGAAUAAUUUUAAAAUGCUGUACUUACCUGUUAAUUCUAAACUAACAUGAUUUGUUAACUUAAACAUUCUGUUGAAAAUGUUUCCGAACUGAUGGUUGGAAGACCUAAAUUUGCACAGAAAUGUUCAGUCUGCUUUUGUUAAAAUGUGUCAUUUGAAGCAAUGCUUUAAAGUUCCACCUUUUCUACUGAGAGUACCUUAAAGGAGCAGUCUAUCAGAAUGAAACUGGUGUCUUUGAGAUGGCUUCUGUGGCUUUUGUGUAAGGGGGAAAAAAAAAAAAAGGUGGGGAAUUCAAGAAUAUUGCCAGCUCCAAGGGUCCCACUUACUGCCUGAGCUGCUUCUGUUGGCAUGUAGUGUGAGCAGGUGGCAUUUAGGUAACUUAAUAUACCUGAUGUGGGGUUUCAUGUUGGAAAAAUCUUGUUACAGAGUCUGGGAGUUUUCUGAUCUUCACAGAAAAAUCAUUACCAUGUUACUAUUGUUUGAAAUAUAAAUAUUUACACUCAUUUGGAAA